AUGGUGGUCAUUUGGCAUGAUUUGCGAAGAAUGAUUUGAUCAGCGUUACUUGAUAUAAAUGUAUCUAUGCAUAUGCUUCUUUACUUAGAAUUGCACUUUGAUAAAUACUGAUACACAAAAUUAACUUUACAUUAUUACAAUGUCGAAGACCACACUUUGCACAGAUGGACGAAGUGUUUCACCUGUAAAACCUGAAGAUUCCGCAGUGAAACCGAAGGAAAUGGCACAUGAAGUCAGAUCUGUAUCACCAUUUUCAGCACUCUCAGAUGAAGAUGAAAUCUCGCCGCCCAGUCUUCUGGAAAGCAAAUGUCUAGAGUAUGAUGAAAGUAGCAAUGCUUCGGAUUCCUUGUCGAACAGUCUGGCGAUAACCGACAUGAUGGAAGAGGAAAAGAAGUUAGAACAAGAGAACUUGAAGAAGGAACAGAAGCUUAAAGAAGACCAAGAAAAACUAUGGUUACAAAUGAGUGAGGAGGACCGUGAGCAGCGUUACAAGAGACUGCAGUUCCUGUUGAGUAAGAGCAACAUGUACACUCAAUACCUCAUCCAGCGGAUGGAGAAACAGCAGGAGGUGAUGGAGAAGAAACGCAACAUGCAGCUCAAGAGACGCGCCAACAAGGAGAAGAAAGAAAAGGAACUUGAAUCUAGUCAAAGCAGCCAGUCAAGUGUGGCCAGUGAAACGAGAUCAUCGCGAAAAAGGAAAACCCCAGAAGUAACAGAGGAAGCAAAACCAAAGCCAAGUACCAAGAAACCAAAGAUCACUGAAACUGCAAAAAAUGAAAAUCUUCCGUCUCCUGUGAAAGAAGAAAAUGUUUCCAUAGAAACAGCAAAUACGACCACAAAUGCCACUGAAGAGAAAGAAGUAAACAAUAAUGAAAUCGACCAUGAAGAUGCAGAAGACGCCCCUGUACGAAUUAUAGACGGCCAGGAGGUGCAUGAGGAACAACCACUGUUAUUCACCGGGGGAGUCCUGCGCCAGUACCAGAUAGACGGAUACAUAUGGCUCAGGACGUUAUAUGAGAACGGUGUGAACGGGAUACUAGCGGACGAGAUGGGCCUUGGGAAGACGGUGCAGUGUGUUGCGAUGCUUGCUCACCUGACAAGGAUGGGAGUCAGCGGGCCCUUCCUGGUGUGUGCCCCACUUUCUACACUUCCAAACUGGUACUCAGAAUUCAAGAGAUUCGCUCCCAAGGUUCCAGUCCUGAUGUAUCACGGCUCGAAGGACAAACGGGAGCUACUCCGCAGCAAGAUUCACCGCGAGCACAAAGUCGAGGGCAGUGUGAGCGUGCAGCCUGUCGUGAUAACCUCGUACGAGAUCGCCAUGAUGGACAAACGCUUCCUGCAGAACAACGAGUGGAAAUACCUCAUUGUUGACGAGGGCCAUCGCAUCAAAAACUCGCAAUGCAGGCUCGUCAAAGAUCUACGAAUGUACAAAACCACACACAGACUGCUGUUGACUGGAACACCUCUUCAGAACAACCUGGCAGAGUUAUGGUCCUUGCUUAACUUUCUGUUACCAGAAAUCUUCGAUGAUUUGGGAAGUUUUGAGGCAUGGUUCGAUAUAGAACACAUCAAUGAUGAUGAAGCUAAUGAAAAGUUGAUUGCCGAAGAGCAAAAGAACAAUAUUCUGUCUAUGUUGCAUCAGAUCCUCACCCCGUUCAUGUUGCGUCGACUGAAGGCCGAUGUAGAGUUGGUUAUUCCACCGAAGAAGGAACUGAUGGUGCUGGCACCGCUCACUCGCUUACAGAAGGAGUUCUACUCCGCGACCGUCGACAGAACGAUAUUUCAGAAGAUUCGGGAGAAAAAUGAAGGCAAACCAAAAGUGGAACUGGAUGAAAAGGGGAGACCACUGCGCAAGGCAGCUAAAAAGAAGGUGGAUUACAAACUGAUGAUGGAGAAAGAAUCGGACCUGACACCGUCGAAAAACAAGAAGAAAGAUGAAGAGGAGCUGGACCAGUGGAUUAAUGACAUCAUCGACCUGCACAGUUCCAAGAAAUCUGAUGGAAAGUCCGUGCCAAAGAAGUCUCAGGUGAACAUAAAGAUGCAGAACACGAUGAUGCAGCUGCGCAAGUGCUGUAACCACCCGUACCUGCUGGAACACCCGAUAGACGCCGUGACAGGCGACCUCGUACUCGACGAGAGCAUCAUCCAGUCGUCGGGCAAGUUCCUGCUGCUCGAUCGCAUGUUGCCCAAGCUGAAGGAACAAGGACACAAGGUGCUGAUCUUCAGUCAGAUGACGAAGCUGCUUGACUUGCUAGAAGAUAUGUGUGUGCUCCGUGAUCACAAGUACUGUCGACUCGAUGGAAGCUGUUCUGUGGAAACCCGCAGCGAGCAGAUGCAGCUAUUUAACAACGAUCCCGACAUAUUUCUCUUCCUCGUAAGCACAAGAGCUGGAGGCCUGGGAAUAAACCUCACAGCUGCCGACACAGUCAUAAUCUUCGACAGUGAUUGGAAUCCUCAAAGUGACCUUCAGGCCCAGGAUCGAUGUCAUCGUAUCGGCCAGACGAAGCCAGUCGUUGUUUACAGGUUUGUCACGUCCAACACCAUCGACCAGCGCAUUGUGGAGCGAGCGGCUUCGAAGAGAAAACUCGAGAAAAUGAUCAUUCACAGAAGUAAAUUCAAAAGUGGGAUAAAGAAUUUCAACACGAGUUUGCAGCCAAUCAGUGUGAAGGAACUGAAUGACCUGUUGUAUUCCAAAGACCACGAGGGUGUGAUCGGCAAAGACGACACAGUGAUUUCUGACGCAGAACUCAAAUCUCUUCUUGACCGUUCAGAUCUCGAACAGCUACAGCUAUUAAGAGAAAAAGAUCAUAAGCUGAAAAGAAACAAAAAGAAAGCCAUUCCCCAGCAAAAAGGAAAGUGUUUCCAAGUCAUAGAUACCGACGUUAACGAAGAUCCCAGCUGAUGUGUGUUGAACGAGAGACUGUCUUGUUUGAACUCUGAUCAGUAGUGGAAGGCCUAGUUAGAGUGAUAUGGAUGCAUGUAGUGAUAGUGCUGAUAUGGACACAAAUAUAGGACUGGUAAUAGUCAUAUGGGCGCAGCAUUUAAGCUGUCGUUAGUCAAAUGCGAUUUUAACGCUGAAUUUGGCAGAUGUGUAAUUACAAAUUCGCUACAAAACGAAUUCGAAAACCGUGUGUCGUUUGUAUGUGUAUAGCAGUUUUAAAAAUAAUUUGUUACUUCAAUUUGGCUGCAUAUUUUCUUAUAAAAUUCACAAAAUUGCUAGUAAUUAUUGGCGUCCAGCUUAAACCCUAUGGAUGGAAUAUAAAACUGAAAAUAUGGAUGAUUUGGUCUGGUUAUAACAAGAAAGGAAAGGAAAUGGUUUUAUUUAACAAGGCACUCAACACAUUUUAUUCACAGUUAUAUGGCGCCGGACAUAUGGUUAAGGACCGCACAGAUAUUGAGGGAGGAAACCCGCUGUCU